AUGGUUGAUCGGUUAAGGCAUCGCUUCACGGAGGACUUGCAGAGGAAAUAUUACAUUUCUGCCGCUCCGCAAUGUCCCCCUGAUGAUGAACAGCUGGCAGUUCCGAUAACGAAGUCGUACUUUGAUUUCAUUUUUAUCCAGUUUUACAAUACCUACUAUUGUUCCGCGAGAAGUUGGGUCUCUAAUCCUGAAACAUCCGACUUCUCCUUCGAUGCUUGGGUUGAAGUCAUUCAGCAAAGCGCCAACCCUUCCGCGAGACUCUAUAUUGGCUUGCCAGGUAGCGUAGAUGCUGCCGUUGAUGACAUGUAUUAUCUCACGCCGUCAGAGGUGAAGCCUCUUGCAGAAGAAUUCAUGACCAAAUACCCGAACAAUUUUGGAGGUAUUAUGAUCUGGGAAGCAACUUACUCUGAAAACAAUCAAUGGAACGGCCUCAGCUACGCGGAUCAUAUGAAGAGGAUUUUAUACGAGGUCGCUCCUCCUUCAACAUCAUCGAUGACCUCUACCAAUCCGUCAUACCCUACUGACACCGACACUGCAUACCCUACCAGCACUGACACUGUCUAUCCCACUGGCACCGACACUGUAUACACUACCAGCACCGACACUGUCUAUCCCACUAGCACUGACACUGUCUACCCCACUGACACUGAUACUGUAUAUCCUACUGGAACUGGCACUGUCUAUCCCACCAGCACCGACACUGUAUACACUACCAGCACCGACACUGUAUACCCCACUGACACUGAUACUGUAUAUCCUACUGGAACUGGCACUGUCUAUCCCACUGGCACCGACACUGUCUAUCCCACCAGCACUGACACUAUAUACCCCACUGACACUGAUACUGUAUAUCCUACUGGAACUGGCACUGUCUAUCCCACUGGCACCGACACUGUAUACACUACCAGCACUGACACUGUCUAUCCCACUGGCACCGACACUGUCUAUCCCACCAGCACUGACACUGUAUACCCUACUGGCACUGACACUGUCUAUCCCACCAGCACUGACACUGUAUACCCCACUGACACUGAUACUGUAUAUCCUACUGGAACUGGCACUGUCUAUCCCACCAGCACUGACACUGUAUACCCCACUGACACUGAUACUGUAUAUCCUACUGGAACUGGCACUGUCUAUCCCACCAGCACUGACACUGUAUACCCCACGGACACUGACACUGUCUAUCCUACUGGAACUGGCACUGUCUAUCCCACCAGCACCGACACUGUAUACACUACCAGCACUGACACUGUCUAUCCCACUGGCACCGACACUGUCUAUCCCACCAGCACUGACACUGUAUACCCUACUGGCACUGGCACUGUCUAUCCCACCAGCACUGACACUGUAUACCCCACUGACACUGAUACUGUAUAUCCUACUGGAACUGGCACUGUCUAUCCCACCAGCACUGACACUGUAUACCCCACUGACACUGAUACUGUAUAUCCUACUGGAACUGGCACUGUCUAUCCCACCAGCACUGACACUGUAUACCCCACGGACACUGGCACUGUAUAUCCUACUGGAACUGGCACUGUCUAUCCCACCAGCACUGACACUGUAUACCCCACGGACACUGACACUGUCUAUCCUACUGGAACUAGCACUGUCUAUCCCACCAGCACUGACACUGUCUAUCCCACCGGCACUGGCACUGUCUAUCCCACCGGCACUGGCACUGUAUACCCCACUGACACCGACACUGUCUAUCCCACCGGCACCGAAAUUGUGCAUCCUACUAAUUCGGAGACUUCCUACCCUACUGCAAAUCCCACUGAUGACUACCCCACUGGGUAUCCUACUGGCACUUACCCUGUCAGUCCUGGAACUGUCUAUCCCACUGUCUAUCCAACUGGCACCGAAUCCUCCUACCCUACUGAAACUGCGUAUCCUACUGGCAGUGAAACUGCUUCCUCGACCGCCUACCCUAGUGAUCACUACCCGACCGCCUACCCAACCGAUAUCUACCCUACUAACACGGAGUCCGCCCACCCUACGGGCACUGGGAUUAUAUAUCCUACUCCCACAACAAUCACUACAGUAAUAACUACAUCGUACACGACAGUUUGCCAGACGGGAUAUACCACGAUCUCAACGACAUAUACUACAACAUACUGCGCAGGAAUAGGGUGUGGUACAAAUUCACACAGUGUUGAGCCAACUGCACCACCGCCAGUUAAUCCAGGCUAUCCUGUCGAAACCCCUCCAGCAAGCUGGAAGCCUUCAACUUUCUCAACCGGACCGAUCCCAGCCCCUAGUUAUCCAAGCACACCUGAAUCAGGAGCCUACCCAACAAGCCCGAUACCACCGAUGUACACUGGCAGUUCCCCGGCAACAUCUUUCAGUGGAAAGUGGACCGUGACGUUGACAGUUGUUGGUUGCGCUCUUUUCAUCAUGUAA